AUGCAUCUCGUAUUCGACUUUGACGGAACAAUCACUCAGCAAGACUCGAUCGGGGAGCUUGCCCGCUCAGCCAUCGAGAUACAACGGAAUAGGAAAGGCCAUGAUCUCCAGGCUUCAUGGGACCGAGUGGUUCAGGCCUAUGUUGCCGAUUACAGACACUACAAGGAGAAUCACCCAUCGCCAGAGGACACGCGGACAUGCGUGGACCAGGAAUUUGACUUUCUUUCGGGAAUGAAAGACGUGGAGGAGGCAUCGCUGCAGCGUAUUGCCGAAUCCCAUAUCUUCGAAGGCUUGGAUGCUGAGACGCUGUCACAAGCGGGAGUCGAUGCUGUCAAAGCUGGGAGGAUUAAGAUCAGGGAUGGUUUCACGGAUAUAAUGAAAUUUGCGGUAGAUAGGGACUGGAGAGUGAGCGUUAUAUCGGUCAAUUGGUCCCGUUCCUUUCUUCGGGGUGCUCUAUUGCCACAUACGCUCGACAUCAUUGCCAAUGAACCAGCCCUGGACGGAACGAUCACCGGACCCGAGUUUUUCGACGGACGAAUGACAAAUGCAAGAGAGAAGAAAGAGGCUCUCAAGUAUCUUUUCAAAGCAAAAGAUGGAAAAGUGAUUUACUUUGGGGAUUCGACAACGGAUAUGGAGUGUUUGCUCGCAGGAGGCGUUGUGAUAUCAGAUGAAGAUGGAGAAUCUUCUUUGUUGAAGGCAUUGAAGAGAAUCAAAGUCCAUGUUCCACAUGUCAGUGAGAAGAGCGAAAGAGACAGUAAAGUGAAAUGGGCAAGAGACUUUCGGGAAGUGUUGGAUAGUGGACUGUUGAAUGAAUAG